AUUGUUAUUUGGUGCAAAUUGGGUUCGGAUGUUAUUGUUGAAUCAGACGUGGAGAAACGGUGGCUUUGCCUACGAGAUCACCAGACCCAACACCUUUGGUCUUUUGUCUCUGUGAAAAUGUAAAAAGAAUAGUUUAUUCCGUAAAUAUUACGAAUCUGCAACAUUUGAAACAGCGAAUUUUGUAACGUUCAAAGAAAUAAAAAACUGUGACACGCAGGAAGGGAACGUGACGCAAAACCUAAUUAAAAAAUUACAACUUUGCGUACGAGAAAACGGACAAUGUUUUGAACGAUAUCUCGACUGAAAAUAACUAAAUUCAACGAAAGAUACGCUGAUUAUUUUAUUAUCCUGCGUUUAAUGUAUUUUUCAAUCGUAGUGUGUACCAUGUAAUGGUACAUAGCGGAAAAGAUGGAAAAAUAUAAGCGAGAAAUAUAGGAGAUCAUAAAUUUAAUAAUUUGUCGUGUGGAGAUAAGAUCAUGGAUUUGCUAGGAUCUAUCUUGAAUUCAAUGGACAAGCCUCCUACGAUCAGUGACAAACAAAAGGCAUUGAUGAAAAAGCAAAAAGAGGAGUAUCAGAAGCAUCAAAAAGCAGAAGCCGAAAGGUUAAAACUUUUUCGAGAGAAGGUAGAAGGGAAAAUUAACAAAUUUCUUCAAGAUGACGAUGCAAAGGAAUACAAAUUUCCUCCGAUGGAUCAAAUUCAUAGGAGUAUAAUACACGAUGUUGCCGAAGUAGCAAACAUAUGGGCAUAUUCGUUUGGAGAAGAAGACAUUAACCGUCACAUUGUCAUUUUUAAGAGGGAGUAUGCUCCGUCUGAAGAUCAGUUGAACGUAUUGCGUAGAGGAGAAGAAUGGAACGAAGAAGUAGCAAGAAAAUUAAUAGAGGAGAGAGAAAAACGAGCCGAAGAAGAGCAAGAAGCUGCUGCUAAACCUAGAAAACGAAAAGACACUUUUGUACCAAAUAGUUAUUACAAGGAUAAGUAUCAACAUUUAAUUGGAAAAGAAGCUGCGUUGGCGGCGGCGAGAAAAACAGAGGCCAAUAGUAGUUACGGCUGUGUUCCUAGUGAAAAUAAGAAGGAUCAACGAAGUAUAGAGCAGACAUUGGCAGACAUACGAGCUAAGAAAAGGAAGUUGCAAACAACCAUCGAGGAGUCGGAACGUAUAGACAAACGUCCAAGUAGAACUGUAUAAUAUAUUUAAUGUUCGUUUAAUUUUUGAUCUGUAAAUAUUUCAUAUUAAUUGUAACAGGAAAUCAUA